GAACAUGAGCCAAAAAAACCUAUUGUUAAGCUGUCCUUAGUAGAUCGUGUAUAUAAUCAUGUAAAACACUAUUCUAUACCGUAGAUAACACAAUUUAUAUGAUAAGAGUUUGAAAUAGGAUGCAAGAGCUGCCUCAUGCUCUCAUUUUGCCUAGCAAUAGCCAAAAAAAAUUUCGUUCGUGUGCACGCCGAUUUUCAAAGAAAAUAAAAAAGCGAGGGUAAGGAAACUCAGAUUAGGUUAUAUUUGGAUAAUCUAGUAUUAACUUCAACUAUCAACGCAUGUGAAUUGAGGUCAUACAGCGUAAAGAUUCUCCGCUCCCCGGCCGCAAAUCCCCCACUGGCCAGUGGCCACCACCACCGCCUCGAUUCGCCACGUUUGGUUCUGCUGAGGUCGGGAUUUGGUGUGCCGAGCUAUUCCUUGCUCAAUUGGAUCUCCUCCGCGCGAUUCGAUUCGAUUCGAUUCGGUUCGGUUCGUUCCAAUCGGGGUUUUGCUACUUCCGCUGCCACCGGUGUGCUCCGAGCUGCUCAAGCUGCGCGCCGGAUACCUGGCUGCUCGAUCUGAUUCGGUCUCCAACACCAGCCCCCUCCGCGGCCGCCGCUCCCCGCUGACCCCGGCGCCAUUUCGACCCGCGCGGCCGAUCCUUGGAUGGUUCCGAUCAAUCGGGACCAAGAGACCCAAGGCUUCAUCAGCUCACCCGGCCCCCGGCGGCGGUCGAUCCAUGGCCGGGGAGAAAGCGCCGCGCGCGUUCCCCAUCGAGGAGCUUCCAGGCCACCUCAUCGGGGAGGUCCUGACCUCGGGCGGGCUCGCGGCCGCCGACCUCGCCAGGCUCGAGGCCACCUGCCGCGCGCUCAGGCCGCUCGCCGAAUACGCCGCGUCCAAGCUCUGCGCCGCGCGGGCGGCGUUCGCGGCUAUGGGGCCCGCCGCGCGUGGGGGGCUGCUAGAGAGGUGCGGGGGAAGCUGGAAGAAGGUGCUCAGGUUCCUGCAGUCCGUCGAGCAGUCGUCAGGCACGGUCGAGACCACAUCGGGCAGCAUGCAAGUAGCCACAGGAAGAUAUCACACACUUUUGGUCCAUGACUCUUCUGUCUAUUCUUGUGGGUCCAGCUUGUGUGGUGUGCUAGGUCAUGGCCCAGAUACUACACAGUGUGCGGCAUUCAGUCGGGUUUCCUUCCCAUCACUUUCUUGUGUUAUAAACAUCUCUGCUUCACACAACCAUGCUGCUUUUGUUUUGGAAUCUGGGGAGGUUUUCACCUGUGGUGAUAACUCAUCAUUAUGCUGUGGUCAUGGCGAAGUGGGAAGAACUAUAUUUCGACCAAUGCAAGUAGAAGCGCUUAAAGGGAUUCCCUGCAAGCAGGUUGCUACUGGUCUAAGUUUUACUGUGAUUCUUACUAGGGAUGGACAAGUAUAUACUUGUGGAAGUAAUACGCAUGGCCAACUUGGUCAUGGUGACACCAUAGACAGGGCCACUCCAAAGCUUAUUGAAUUGUUUGAAGGCUCCACUCCGGUGGUGCAGAUUGCAGCCGGUGCAAGCUACACGUUUGCUGUAACAGAUGAUGGAACAGUUCAUUCCUUUGGGUCUUGUACUAAUUUCUGCCUUGGACAUGGGGAUCAGCAUGAUGAACUUCUUCCACGUGCAAUCCAAUCAUUUAAGUGGAGAAACAUUCAUGUAGUCCGUGUUUCUGCUGGAGAUGAGCAUGCCGUGGCUCUUGAUGCACUAGGAUAUGUUUAUACAUGGGGCAAAGGAUACUGUGGAGCCUUAGGCCAUGGUGAUGAGAAUGAUAAAACUAGCCCAGAAUUGAUCAGCAGCUUGAAGGGCCAAGUUGCUGUGCAGGUAUGUGCAAGGAAGAGAAAGACAUUUGUUCUCACGGACAAGGGCUCAGUUGUUGCAUUUGGAUGGAUGGGCUUUGGGAGCUUAGGGUUUCCCGACCGAGGACCGUUGGACAAAGUAAUGAGGCCCCGCGCUCUUGAGAGCCUGCAGGAUCACUACGUCUCCCAAAUAAGCACCGGACUGUACCACACUGUUGCAGUGACAAGUAAGGGCAUUGUGUUCGGGUUUGGGGACAAUGAGAGAGCCCAACUUGGGCAGGAGUACAUUCGUGGGUGCUUAAAACCUACUGAGAUAAUGUUCCAAAAGAGCAUGGAAGACAUACCGAUUGCGGCGCCUAGUGGUUGACUUGAAUGCCAUCAUUUUGGACACUGUUGCCUACAUGUGUUGUAUUUAUAUCGGAAUUCUUGUCGGCAAGUGUAUUUUAUACUUCGUGCUUUGUGAGUAAUCUGGGUGAACGGGGGAAAGACGGAAGUGGUUGGAAUUGGAGGACAGUGUUGUGUAGCCAAAGAAGCAUAUAGUUUAGUAACGUGUAAUGUAUCGAAUAAUUCAACCCACCAUUUUUCUUCUGUACAAAAUUUAUUGGUGUGUUUGUAUUUUUUUCUCUCUUGUCCCCUUCAUGUUUUCUUGGUUCUGUGCUAGCAACUGUUGAGUAAA